AUGGCACUCCGACUACCAAUCGCAAUUUUCGCCGUAGCAUUAGCUGCCUUGUUCGCUUGGGUGCGCGACCGUUCCAACGCUCUGUCUAUCUUCUAUGCGAAUCACCCUGAUCGGUUAGUGAGAAUUAAUACAAGUAAAAGCUACGAAAUCAAAUUCCAGGAUCGUGUAAGAAAUUGUGAGGAUGCCUUUCUCCUCAAGGAACAAGGACUGGCUAUCUUGGCCUGCGACCCGGGACGUGACAAGUGGAACACAGUCAUGGGUGUUUUUCAUCCCGGACAAAUUCCUCAAGCUGAAUUAUAUAUUUACAAUUAUGCGGCUAAAAACCUUGACGACGAUAAAAUUUUGAAGAAGCUUGAGCUUGUAAAUUUCCCAGAAGGCCUUAACUUUCACACGGUCGGUUUUGGAUAUCACGAGGAAUCAUCCCAUCUCUUCGUCACCAAUCAUGCCCGUACAGGACCUCGAAUUGAGCAGUUCAAGCUCGACAUUCGCUCCCUCAAGGCUACCCAUAUUCUAUCUAUCCUCCAUCCUCAGCUCAUUAGUCCUAAUGCCAUAAUUCCUCUCAGUGCUGAGGAGCUUUUGGUGACCAAUGAUCACUACUUUACAGCUAAACAAUCCAAGCCUCUCUACCUAAUGGAGUCAUAUCUCGGCCCUGCACUCGCACCUCUCUUGUACAUCAAUCUCAAAAAUAUUGACAAAGGGAACGCCAAAGUCCUAGCUCGCGUUCCCUACCCUAACGGAAUGGGCUUCAUCAACAGCACGACACUAGCGAUUGCCUCUACCAGUAGAGGAAGCGUGUAUUUUUACUCCAUGACGAAGGACCAACAUAAUCUUCCCAAACUGCAAUACCAGUCGCGCAUUCGGCUUCCUUUCCUCCCAGACAAUUUAGCAGUUGAGGAUGGGAAGCUUCUCAUUGGAGGCCAGCCACACCCGCCCUCCAUGGCCAAAUACGUGAGCAUUCGCCACAUAUGCAACUUCCCAGAUACACUGCAAGGAGCAACGGAGGAAAUGAAAGACGCUUGCAAUAGCUGGUCAGCCACAUCUUGGGCAGCAGAAUGGAGUGAGGCCGAUGGCUUAAAAGAUGUAUAUGCAGGAACUGAGUAUCCUACCAGCUCAACCUUUGUGAGAGAUUCGAAAAGAAAUGUGGCCAUCAUUGUUGGGUUGUACGCUAGGGGCAUUAUGGUUCUGCAUGAAUGA